CUCUGCCUGCAGCCAGCCCAGCGGCCAGCCCUGCCACUCCGCGCCCAGCAGCCAUGACGCCGUCCACAGCUGCGCUCGCACUGCUUCUGCUCGCAGCUGCCGCCUGCCCCCAGAGCCAAGGCCAGCACAAUCCCAGCUUCUGCUGCUUUGAAUUCAUAACCAAAGAAAUUCCACUGAGGAAACUGCGAUCCUAUGAAUUCACCAAUUUCCAGUGUGCCAAGUCAGCUGUUGUAUUAAUCUUGAAAAACAAUCAGCGGCGCUGUGCGGACCCACAAGCAACGUGGGUGAAAAGGCGUCUGCAACACCUCCCACCAAACUGACGACUUGCCACCUCACCGGAAGAGGAAUGGGGAGCCUGAGGCUUGUCCUGACAAAGGCACUUGAUAAUUUAAUUGUUUAUUCUAUCCUGUAACAGAUAAUAUAUUCUAUUUAAGUUAUGUCUGACUAUUUUAAGGAAUUUUGUAUUUUUAUUAUAUUAAAGGGGAACUUAGAUUGUGUAAGAUUUCAGAGAAACCUGAAGCAUGAAGAAUAAAUCUUAGCAAACAAGAA